AUGACCACAGAACCAACACAGUCCAUCCCAUUUCUUCAGAGGACAGCUCUGGCAAAGCGUUUUGCAUCCCUCACCUUUCCAAAGAAGCUCUGGAAAAUUGUCGAACGCCAUCCAUUUCAGUCUAUUUGGUGGGUUGAUGACAGCAUCUGUGUUGCCACUGACGAAGAAGCCUUCCAAAGGGAAGUGCUGGCACAGAGGUGACCUCACAGAGUUUUUCAAACUGCCGGCAUGAAAAGCUGCUUUCAUCAGCUCAGCCUCUGUGGAGUCACCAAAGUGCAACGCGAAGCCAGAACACCUGACUCCUGCAACCCCAGCUUCAGGAGAGAUGACCCUCACCUGCUCGAGAGGUGCAAGCAAAGAGUUGGCUGCAAGAGGAGGGCAACAGCUGCAUUUCCACCAGCCCUGGCUUUGAAGGAAAACCGCCCAAAAGAAGCCCAGAUGUGCAGCUUGAGGGGUGACUGCCUCUGCUGUCAGGCCUCGCACGCCCUCCCUCCUACCACUGCAGCGCAGCCAGGCCCUACCUGGCCUUCAGCGGGCGGCUUCCACUGCAGCAGCUCCUUCACAGGCGGGCACAUCUUCCAUAAACCCCGGGACACCUUGCACACCAGGGCUGAGGCCUCCCGCCCUUCCACCCCUGCGGCCAGGCACAGCUGCUCUGCCGGCCCCGGGGCUGCCCAGUCUCCCUCUGGAACGCCUGGUUUGCCGUGGCUGUCCAUGCUGGCAGCAGCCGCUGCUCCAGCCAGCUACCACACGCCCAAAUCCCAGCCACCCCUCACCGCCCAGCUCGCUCCCACAGCCCGAACUCUGUCACUGCAGGCAACAGGUCGGGACUCCACUGCCCGUCAGACUGGAUCGAGUAGACACACUGGGUACCCAGAUAGUGGAGUUUCAGACAUCCAGAAAUAG